ACUCAAGAGUUACUCGUCGCCUGGAUACAAUUUUUAAUGAUUAGUUGAAAUUGCUAUUUUCAUUUUAAAUUCAGACGAUUGACCUCAAAUUAAGUUUCUAUUUUUUUUAUUAAAACAAUCUUAAUCAUUGUUAUCAACAUGUCUACGCUACAGAAAGCCAUUGAUUUGGUUAAAAAGGCUACAGAAGAGGAUAAGAACCAAAAUUAUGAAGAAGCCGAGCGAUUGUAUGGAAGUGCUGUGGAAUAUUUUCUUCAUGCUAUAAAAUAUGAGGUCCAAUCUGAUAAAGCUAAAGAAACUAUCAGACAAAAUUGCACUGGUUAUUUGGAGAGGGCAGAAAAAUUAAAAGAAUAUUUAAGCAAGAAAAAGAAGAAGCCUGUUAAAGCAGGAGACUCGAAUGUUGGUAACUCCAAGGACAAUAAAAGUGACGAUAGCGACGAAGAAGAUAAAGACAAGAAAAAAAUGAUGAGUCAAUUGGAAGAUGCUAUUGUGAUUGAAAAGCCCAAUAUUAAAUGGUCGGAUGUUGCUGGCCUGGAAGGAGCAAAGGAGGCUCUAAAGGAAGCUGUGAUUUUACCUAUUAAAUUUCCACAUUUAUUCACUGGUAAACGUCAACCAUGGAGGGGUAUCUUAUUGUUCGGUCCACCUGGAACUGGUAAAUCUUACUUAGCUAAAGCUGUAGCCACGGAGGCCAAUAAUUCCACUUUCUUCUCGGUAUCUUCAUCCAAUCUGGUUUCAAAAUGGCUUGGUGAAAGUGAAAAACUGGUUAAAAGUCUUUUUACAAUGGCUCGUAAACAAAAACCAAGCAUAAUCUUCAUCGAUGAAAUUGAUUCUUUAUGUAGUUCUCGAUCAGAUAAUGAAUCGGAAUCGGCUCGACGUAUCAAGACUGAAUUUCUAGUUCAAAUGCAAGGUCUUGGAAACGAUAAUGAUGGUAUUCUAGUGCUGGGAGCUACAAAUAUACCUUGGGUGUUAGACUCUGCUAUACGUCGACGUUUUGAAAAACGUAUCUAUAUUCCCUUGCCUGAAGAACAUGCCCGUCUUACCAUCUUCAAAAUUCACAUUGGUAACACACCUCACAGCCUGACUGAAAAUGAUUUGAAGGAGCUAGCUCAUAAAACAGAAGGUUUCUCUGGCGCUGAUAUUAGUGUUUUGGUUCGUGAUGCACUCAUGCAGCCUGUUAGGAAAGUCCAAACUGCUACUCACUUUAAAAAGGUACGAGGUCCUUCCCGAUCAAAUCCGAACGAAAUUAUCAAUGAUCUGCUAACUCCUUGCUCUCCCGGUGAUCGAGGGGCCAUCGAAAUGUCAUGGGACGAUGUUCCAGGCGAUAAAUUACUAGAACCAAUAAUUACAAUGAGCGAUAUGUUGUUGUCAUUAGCAAAUGCUAAGCCCACUGUUAAUGACGCCGAUUUGGUUAAACUGAAAGAAUUCAUGGAAAGUUUCGGACAAGAAGGUUAAUCAUACAAAUUUGUUAAAUGUAUAAUAUUUUAAUCAUAAAUUUCUUUUUUGAAAUAAACUACAAAAUGAUACAAAAUUUCAAUUUCACCCUGUCACCCAGAGAAAAAUCUGAUUUGCAUCUUGCAUCAUGCAUCCAGUUAUUCAAAUUAAAUCAACAAUAUGUUUUCUCAUUAAAAA